UUAACAGUUGAAGCGUUGAAAGUAAUAUGGCCGACGUUCUAUUGGAGAACGACGUAGUUAGAUUUUUCGCGAUGUAAUUUGUUUGUCGACGUAUUAUUUGAUAUCGAUGAUUCUCGACGUUAAGCUCCUGAAAUUCAGGAAGUUCCUCUCUGCUACUUUAUUUGCGCCGUCGGGGGCUGCGCGCUCGGCGGCGCACGACUACGAAAUGUCGAUCAGGGCAGCCGCAGCUAGGCUGCUCCAUAAUGGUCGGCUACUGCUGCGCAGCGCCAGACCGAAUCAAAACAAUCGACAGACCGACGUCGUAGACGGUUUCGGCCUCAAUAUUUUGCCCAAGCGAGGGUCAGCAGCCGAAAAGGCCGUAGGAUCAAGCAGUCCCGCCCCCACUGGAGGUAGGGGUGCGUCUGUGGUGAGGAAUGUUGCUUAUAAAUUUCACCAGCACGCAAGACGCUUAUUUGUUGACAACGUACUUCGGCGAGUGACAAAUUCCCAGUCAGCAGAACUCCGUGAGAGAGCUACGAAGAGAUUACUGUAUGGAGAUUCAGCCCCCUUCUUCGCGCUGGUGGGCGUCAGUCUAGCAUCGGGAACAGGGAUUCUAACAAAGGAUGAUGAGCUGGAAGGCGUAUGCUGGGAGAUUCGAGAAGCCGUGUCGAAACUCCAGUGGUCCAUAUCGCAGCUGCAGAGUGGCUGUCAUCCCAAGGCAGAUCUGGACGCGUCUGAGUGUGUGAGUGGACUGAAAGACCUGGACGUGGGGCCCAUGAUCGCUAAGGGCUGCAGUGCUGUCGUGUAUGCCGCGAAACUAAAGGAAACAGUGAGCGACACUGGUGAGGAACGCGAAAAAAGCAAAAUCGACAACCUCGUCCAGUUGCACGACAGUGGCAUUUCACGGCUGGCGUUCCCCCUCGCCCUCAAGAUGAUGUUCAACUACGAUGCAGAGUCAAAUGCGUCUGCCAUCUUGCGAGCCAUGUACCGCGAGACAGUGCCAGCUCCGCACCACCUCGUACUCAACUUGGACCUCGAAGGCGACAGCGAGUGGGCGACAGAGUUGGCCAGCCGUGUACGUCGCCUACCUCCACAUCCGAACAUUGUGGAAAUCCUGGGGCUAUUUGCAGACCGUGUGCCAUUUCUACCCGGCUCACUGGCUAUGUACCCGGAUGCCCUCCCAUCGAGGCUAAAUCCGGAGGGCUCGGGAAGGAACAUGAGUUUGUUCUUGCUUAUGAAAAGGUACGACACGAGCAUGAAGCAGUAUCUGGAGCAGCACAGCCCGUCAGUGAGGGAGGCGACGCUGCUGCUGACCCAGCUCCUGGAAGCCGUCACGCACAUGACUCGCCACGGAGUAGCACACAGGGACCUGAAGAGUGACAACCUGCUGCUGACACUGCUGGGUCCGGAGGAUGGGGAGGGGGUGGAGGAGGAGCCACCCUGCCCGCUGCUCGCCGUCACCGACUUCGGGUGCUGCCUGGCCGACGCCCACCACGGCCUGUCUAUGCCGUACCACUCUGCAGAGACGGACCGUGGCGGCAACACUGCACUCAUGGCACCGGAGGUGGCCUGCGCGAGGGUAGGCCCAUUCUCCAGCAUCUCGUACCGCAAGUCGGACGCGUGGGCGUGUGGCGCCCUGGCGUACGAGCUGUUCUGCGGUGGCCGCAAUCCCUUCUAUUCGAACUGGGCGCCGGUCGAGUCGGAAAGUGGCGGAGGAGGCGACGGAGGCGGAGGGGAGACCGCGAAGGAGCUGCCGGCGCUGAAGAGCCGCAGCUACCGCGAGGAGCAGCUGCCUCCGCUGCCGGCCGACGUUCCGCCCCUCGUCGCUGCCGUCGUGGCCGGCCUGCUCGUGCGCGCGCCCCACAAGAGACUGAGUGCCGAGAUGGCGGCGACGAUCCUGCAGCUGCACCUGUGGGCUCCCAGCAGCUGGCUGGGCGGUGGCGAGGAGGGCCCGCAGAAGCCGACCAGCAACGAGAUCCUGCAGUGGCUGCUGUGCCUGACGACAAAGGUGCUGUGCGAAGGCGGUCUGGGCCUGUGCGCCGUGGGCGGGCGGCGUACGCUGGCAGAGUACCGCCUCAUCUCGGCACUGCUGUCGCGGGCCUCGCUGCACCAGAUCAAGGCCGCCCUCGCGUGGGCGGUCGCCGCUGCAGUGCCCGAGCUGUACUAGCCGCACCAUGCACUUCUGACGGUGGAACCGGAGACACUAGAGCUCGGAAUGUGGGUAUAUUGCUCGAGUUGGAGAUGUCGACCUGAAAAUUGUAAAAUUUUAAUCUGUAUCGGAUCGUGAAACCCACAGGACGCCAGUUGCGGAAGCCUGUGUACUUAACUUUUGUACGACUCUAAUAAGCUGAUCGAAACCGUCAGCGUGGCAUUUAGAUGCACCUGACCACUCGCUGUGAAAUGCAGUAUGUCACAGUUACUGGCAGGUUCGUCCGUUGCCGAGUGAGUUGCGAUAUCUGCCGAUUCGAGCACACCGCUCGGAUAGGGUGAUUUCUGAGCUCUCGAGUAUGGAACACUUGCUAUUGGAGGCCAGCUGGCAGAAAAGCCUUUACAAAUAAGUUAAUUAUGUUUCUUAUGGCAUAUAAAAAGGGGCAGUAUGGGAAAGAUACGCAUUUUCAUAAAAAUAUUAAAACACUAAAAAUUUAUAAUUUUAGGUGCUAAUAAAUUCUCACUUAUUAAAAUACUACGGGUUGCUAUGUUUAGGUCAAUGAAGUUCUCAGAGAAACUGAACACUUCAGCCCUGUCUGCAAAGGACCUCUUCGAGGGUACCGAUUCCUACAACAGUCGGUACGAAGCCAGAGUACGAAUCGCACACUGAUAGAAGCUACAAACUACCCUCCGUCCCCUUAAAAAUUUAAAUCCUCCACAGAUAGGGACAAAACAUUUCAUUUCUCCAGGAAAAUCAACCCUGACAUACUAACCUGGACUACUUUAAGUGUAAUAUUUCUGGCCACAAAACUUUAGGUUUAAAACUGAUCAACUUUGUCAGGGAUUUCCAAAACACAUGGCCUGUGUUUGCACAUAUCCUCAUAAAUAUGCUUCAUAUUUUCAAAAACAAAGUAGCAUUUAUGUUCUUGUGAUUAGAUUUAUAUAUUUUUUAAUUUAUGACAUCAGUUGCAUACUCACUGAAACCCAGGAUGUUGUUUCUUAAUUGCGAUAUUUAUCGUAGCGUCAGCAGUGACAUCUGUAAUGGCUUACUGUUAUCAAAAACUGUAAAAUAUAACAUUGUGUUAAUACUGCAUAUUUAAUAUGAGAAAAACUGGCAAUUUUUAAUCCACUCAAAACAAAUCAUACAGUACAUAAGUUAAGAAAAAGUGUAAUGACUUUAAAUUGGCUUUAAAUGUGAAUUCCAUUAGACUACAGCACAAUUGUCUGGAACAUUUUAUUAACUGUGUCAUGUCUGGCGGUGGAAGUUUACAUUUUGCAGUUACAAAUUUGAUAUCUGCAUAGUUGUAUGUGACCAGCUGAAUCUGCUUUACACAGACUUUGUGCCCAACUGCACACUCGACACAGUUUAGCUGAAACCGCACAGCAGAAUAAAUGUCACCACGAUCCUACAGCGACAUUUUCCCAGCCCUGUGGCCUGUGGUUUGUUGGGCAAUGGUUGCCUUGUGUUUGCUGUUCUAUUGCGUGCUGCUGAUUUCCUGUACUGAUGGGUUUUUUAAACUAAAAUGAACGUCCUGUACUGAUUGUUGUGGCUUACUUCAGAUUUUGUGUGCUUUUAUUCUGCUUUUUACAGAUGUCAGGACAUCUGUAAGAAAAGCUGAGCCUUCUAAGCAUGUCACUGAAGUAGCAAAAAGAACAGCUUGUAACGAGACUACCACAACCUUUGUCGUGGAUAGGCACUUGUAAUGUCGAUAGUGUCAUGAGCAAUGUUUCACUCUACCUACACAAAUCGAUACCUAACCCACAAUUAAGAUCCAGUAAUGAAUAAAAGUUCUACGUACUAACACAAUUUACUGCCAAGUCACAGCCUGUAAAUGGAUUUCGGGUGUAAACCAUUCAUUAACAGAGGAUUGUGAGUUUAGAAUAGCUAAAUUUGCAAACAAAGUUGUGUUUAUGUAAAGUGUGGCAGAAGUUGGUAACCAUCACCUGAUGGCUGUAGAGUACAUACAAAUGCGUACCUCACAUAAAUUGAUAGCACGUGUGCUGAUCAUGGUAUUGUGGUAUCGUGCAACCGAUAAUUCAUCAAAUAUAAAUAUUCGAUUUCGAAAGUUUCUCACUAGAGUACUGUAAAAGAAAUAGUCACUUAAACAGAGGAUUGGCCAAAGCAAAAUGGUUCUGACAACACACUGCCAGAAGGAAACUUUUCAGCAAGAUUGUGCAAAAAUGAAAUUUAUCUCCUUCUACAGUGUUCCAAAGUACUAUAACCUCGGGAAGUACCUACCGCUAUGCAUUAUUCUGUUAUUGAAUGAUUGGAAAAGCUUCUAGUUCCUGCAAUCCAUUCAAAAUUUUUAAGGACAUUUCGUCAUUUGUUUAUUCUGACAAAAAAUUAAUAGAACUGCAUAUAAUCAUACGUGCUCGAUAAUGAAGAACUGUUUUGCACUUAUGAUAUAUUUCAAGUCUGUAGUGCCGUGCUGCAUAGUGCCAAGAUAGCAGCGACAGCACUCGUCAUGUGCAGGCAGACACCCCCCCCCCCCCCCCCCCUCCAACCUCCAACCCAUGUUACAACUACGUAGUUAUAUUACCUUUUUCCUCCAUUGUCACUGUCUCAUUCUUCUUAUUCUUUACAUAACAUCCAUACCAGACAUAGCAUUAAUUACAAAAUUUCCACACAAAACAAUAUAAAAAUGUUACUGUGUGUGUGAGGUGUACAUGUGACAUAGAGUUGUUUAGUUACAAGCUGUCCAUGUUGUAGAAAUGGAGAUAGUCAUUUCUAUGUAACUUUUACUGUGUUUUUCAUCUUUACUGAAACAAUUAUCACCUUCUGUAUUGUUGUGAUUUCCUUUUGCAGGGUGCUGUGUGGCUGUAGUUGUGCUUAAGAGCUUGAAAGUUAACACCAUUGCCCUGCUUCGAACUUCAGUUAACUUAUUUGUAUUGAUUGCUUUUGUUCCUUAGAUUCUAUCUGGUGAGAGUCUAUACAUGGCUGUGAAUAUUGUUAAUGUUAACUUUUUCCUCUCCAAAUGUAAGUUGUUAUAUAUAUGGAAUAGAAUUGCAGGAGAAGUAGCCUCAAAGGGAGAACCUUGUGACUCCCUUUUCUUGUAAAUGUUGAGGAUCCACCGUUUUUAUUUAUCCCAUGUUGAAAUAAUGAAUUUGUUUCUCCAUCUCUGCCGUCAGAUUGUCAGAAGUGUGGAUUCUUUUGACUGUUUGGUGAUUGAUUAGCACACUUAUGUGACUUAUUGUAGAUAGUAUUAUUUGUGAUAUGAUUCCUCUUCAUAUUUUAGUUACAUUAAUUUCAGUAUUUCAGAAAAUACAUGAGCUUUAGUAGCUGUUUUUUAGCUGAGAUCUGCUACUGUAAUUUCAUCAGAGUGUGUGUGUGUGUGUGUGUGUGUGUGUGUGUGUGUGUGUGUGUGUGUGUGUGUGUAAAUAUAUAUAAGAAAAUGCUUUAAGAACACUCUUAACACUUAAAACAAACCCAUUAAAGGCUGAUAAAAUGGAGAAAUAUUUCAGGUGUGCUACUUACUUGUGAAUCAUUACUACAAAUGUAUGUUUGUAUGCUGAAUGUUCCUUUCUUGACAAUUUUGAAUUGUUAAAAAUAUGCAUGUAUGUAACACAAGAGUCAUAGUAAUAUGUACUUAAUACUGCACAUUAUCAUAAGUAGCACUUUUAUGUGACAUGAGAUGCAGUGGAAUAUUGUGUACUGAAUAGUAUGUUAAUACUUGGUUUUCCUUGUGUGUUCUAUGCUGUUCUUCCUUCUUUUUUCCUACUUUCAUUGUCAGUUCAAAGAACAAGGUACAGUCUUGGUACACUUGACUGAUGUAUAGUACUAUUUAAUGUGUUACUUUGCUUGUAAAAAUAUAUUUUCCCAUGACUUUCAUGUCAGAAAAGUGUAAUAAAGCUAUUUUUCUGUAAA